AUGCAGAAAUACGUCAAGGCUGACGGUGCGAUCGAGAUCGACAACGUGGACCGUUGGUCGGUCGGGUCUGAACCAGUGGAGUUCCUGUCUGCUACUGCGUCUGUCGUGACCAUUGAAGAAUUGAAACUUCCAAGAGCCAUUGGUCUCCUGGUGAAUUAA